AUGCUAAUAGCGGACAUAAAGCAGAUGUAUCGGCAAGUUUUGGUGGACGUACGCGACACACCACUACAACGUAUUGUCUGGAGGGAAGCUCCUGAUCUCACACUUGAAACCUAUGAACUACAAACCGUUACUUACGGAACUGCCAGUGCACCCUUUCUUGCAACACGGGUCCUACGACAACUAGCCGACGAUGAACAACGGGAUUUUCCGGAGGCAGCAGAAGUCCUACGAAAGGACUUUUAUGUUGACGACCUUUUCUCUGGCGGUAACAACGUACCAGAAACCAUCAACCUUCGGAAGCAACUUCAGUCGUUACUAAAAAGAGGUGGUUUCAUGCUGCGAAAGUGGGCCUCAAAUGAACCAGCAGUUCUAGAAGGUAUUCCAGAAGAGGACAAAGCUCUACGACAAUCACCUACCGCCGAUGUGCUAAGAUACAACGUAAAACUACCACAGUCAGAACCAACGGAAAAGCUUACAAAACGCCUCGCUCUCUCGUACAUCGCACAGCUGUUCGACCCACUGGGCUUGGUGGGUCCCGUCGUUACUACUGCCAAAUUGUUCAUGCAGGCCUUAUGGACCCUUAGGAAUAACAACGGAGACAUUUGGAGCUGGGAUGAGGAGCUUCCAGCAACAGUACAAAAACAGUGGCGAUCUUAUCAUCAACAGCUUCCUCUUUUGAACCAACUUAAAAUCGAUCGUUUCGUCUUGUGCAACAAUGCCGUGUCACUACAAUUACACCUCUUCUCGGAUGCGUCGGAACAAGCUUACGGUGCAUCGGCUUAUCUGCGAACAGAAAACGCUGCCGGACUUGUCAAGGUUUCAUUACUUUCCGCCAAAUCAAAGGUUGCUCCCUUGAAAAAGCAGAGCAUUCCACCUGGAGACACGUAUCUGGCGAACAAAAUCCGGCUGAUUGCCUUUCUCGAGGUACCACAGCCGAAUUCCUUCUCAAUAGUGAUCUAUGGUGGUGCGGACCUCCGCUGGCUGCAACAGGACUCUUCGAGCUGGCCCGACUCUUUUCAAGCUAAUUCCAAUAUUCAAACCGAGUAUGAGACCCGAAAAACUCCAAAGACGACGUUUUCAGCGUCGACAGAAGAAGUUUUCAUCGAUUGGUACGUCAUGCUGAGAGUGACCGCCUACUGCAAACGUUUUCUUCGAAACUGUCGGUUCAAAUAUCAGAUUCGUCCUUCAGCAUACGUCAUAACUGCAGAAGAAAAAGGAGAAGCUGAAAUAACACUGCUCAGAUUGGUACAACAAACGACAUAUCCUAAGGAAUGGCAACAACUUCAACAAGGGAAACCGAUCUCUGUGAAAUCUCGUCUAAAAUGGUUCCAUCCUAUACUCGAUUCCAACAACCUGAUCCGUAUUGGUGGACGACUCAAUCGAUCUCAACAGACUUACGAUAGCAAGCACCAAAUCAUUCUUCCUUCGUCUUCUCCGCUUUCUGUCCUGUUAGUGCGACAAUACCACGAAGAACAUUUGCACGCCGCCCCUCAGCUGCUGUUGAGUAUACUGCGCCUCCGGUAUUGGGUCACGGGGGCCAGAAAUCUGGCCCGAAAAGUCUUCCAUAACUGCAUCAUCUGUUGCCGAUCUCGUCCUACACGCCUUGAGCAAUUCAUGUCGGAACUACCUUCCGCACGAAUCACAGUUUCACGGCCAUUCUCGACUACUGGUAUAUUCUACUGGGGACCAAUCUUCGUUCAGUCAACACAACGACGAUCAACGCCACGGAAAGCAUUUGUUGCAGUAUUCGUCUGCUUUUGUACAAAAGCCGUCCACCUCGAACUAGUUGUCGACCUUACUACAGCCAAAUUCCUCCAAGCUUUUCGGCGGUUUGUCUCCCGGCGAGGGCUGUGCUCUGAUAUCUACAGCGAUAAUGGACGAAACUUUGUGGGAGCGGCUAACGAAUUACGUCAACUGAUAAGGAGCAAAGAUCAUCGCGAGCAAGUUGGAAAAGAAUGUGCGCACUACAACAUCCGAUGGCACUUCAAUCCUCCCAAGGCAUCCCACUUUGGUGGCCUCUGGGAGGCUGCAAUCCAAUCAGCGCAGAAGCAUUUUGUCCGAACCUUGGGAAAACAAACCCUGGCUUAUGACGACAUGGAGACAUUAUUAUCCCAGAUCGAAUGCUGCCUUAAUUCGAGACCACUCGUACCUCUCAGCGACGACCCCACGGAUCUAGAACCACUCACUCCCGGACACUUUCUGGUGGGUUCUGCUCUUAAAGCUGUACCUGAUGUGGAUGUCACGGAGAUUCCUUUCAACCGUUUGAAGAAGUGGCAGCAGACACAGAAGCUCGUUCAACAAAUUUGGAAUCGAUGGAAUAGAGAGUAUCUCAUCACUCUGCAGCCGCGAUCGAAAUGGUGCAACCCUCCGGGACCAGCUCGUAGUGUUGAUGGAUGA